AUGUCACUCAACGGGGGUGGGCGAAUAUCGCACGGAAGUUACAGUAUCAUCUGCGCGGACAAGGGCCAAAUUAGGGACGAUUACCUCAACGUUCUGUCGUCCAAGCCAGAGAAGAACCUCGUGCUGGUGGAACCUUCCGAUAUCGAGAUAAAAGGCCGCAAGGGGAAGGGGAGACUAAAGCACCAUGAGGUUAAUGAUGGUUUCUACCAUGAUCGAGAUAAUGAUAUCCUGAAUUCUGGUCAAGCCUUCCGGUUUACAAAUCUCAGAUACCACCCUUUCCUGGACUCCUCAUUGGGUAUAUCUAUUUCUAUUCCUCCUCGCCGUCCUAUCAUGGAUACCUCCGAAGCUGAUUACCUGUUGUCUAUCCCUAUCAGAAUAAUGUCGGAUAGGUGUCCGCCGCGGCGAGAUAAAUAUAGAAACACUACUAUACAAGCAGGCCAGACAGUCUUCUUCAAGGCCAUAUCCCCCGAAGACAAGGACAAAGAGAAGAGAUCCCACAUAUAG